UACUGUUUGUGUCAAACAUCUUUAACCAAAAAACAUGACAGACCCUUUUAUAAUUACUCAUUAACGUUCUAAGACUCUAAUCAUCAUGUCGGUGAUGUUAACAGCGGAUUGGUUCGCCCUCGGCCGAGACCUCUACUUCAGAAAAUUCGAGCUCUACCCCCUGGACUUUCAACGUGAAGUCGACCCUGGUAACCUCGUGGUAGCAUCCCCCUACGGUGGUACCAUAGCAGUCACUCGAGACCCAAAAAAAUUCGUCAAAGUCCAGGGCUCGACAAAACCCCUCGUCUCCCUCUACUUCUCCUCCGGAAAAUUCUUCUCAAAAUUCACCUGGAACAGCGGCCAACUGUUGGCCCUCCACUGGUCCCACCAAGAAGAGCUUCUCUGCGUCCAGGACGAUGGAAUGGUCCUCAUCUACGAUCUCUUCGGUGUCUUCCAGUCAACCUUCAGCCUCGGAAACGGCGUGAAGAGCACUAAAGUCAUCGACUGCAGAUUCUUCACGACCGUCAGCGGCACUGGAAUAGCUGUCCUGACGUCAACCAACGUCAUAUACCUGGUGAACAACAUCACUGAGCCGAAGGUCCGCCAACUCUCGGAUAUUCCCAAGCUGGGGGGACCCAUUGACUCCUGGCUGGUGAUACGACACGAGAGACAGAGUCAGGUGAUUGUUGCUAAUCAAAAUGGCGUCUACAUGGUGAAUCACGUCAGCAAGACCCCACCACCAAUUCCCUUCUCCAGCCUCUUCAACGCGAAAGUGACGAACAUCAGGGCGAUGGCCCUGUCCGCUAGUCACCAGCACAUCGCACUUCUUGGAGACAGUGGACACCUCUGGAUGGGCUCGUCAGACCUGAAGAACAAGUACAGAGAGGUCCAGAUCAACGUCAGUGACGUCGCCACGUCGAUGUCGUGGUGUGGGGUUGAGGCUGUCAUCUGUGUUGUCAACACGACGAUGACAAUUGCUGGGAGAAGUGGAGAUACGAUUGCUUAUUCUUAUGAUUCACCUCUUCAUCUUAUUUCGGAGGUCGAUGGGGUGAGAAUCAUCUCUGGGAGCAGUCACGAGAUGAUUCAGAAGGUUCCUAAUGUUGUUCAGAAGGUGUUUAGGAUUAAUUCGACGGAUCCGGCGUCGUAUCUGCUGGAGGCGUCGAGACAGUUCCAGAAGAGGAGCCAUAAGGCUGAUAGCUAUAUUGAUCUGAUUAAGGAGAAGUUGGAUUCUGCGAUUAAGGACUGUGUGAACGCUGCGAGUCACGAGUUCGAUCCCGACACCCAGAAGCUCCUCAUGAGGGCUGCCAAGUUUGGAAAAGGUUUUUCCAAGACCCUAAACCCCGAGAGGUAUGUCACCAUGUGCCGUAUCCUCCGUGUCCUCAACGCAGUUCGUCAUCCAGCCAUUGGCAUUCCCCUGACCUUCACACAACUCGACAUGCUCACCCCCCAGGUCCUGCUGGAUCGUUUGGUCCUCAGGAGGCACUACUACCUCAGCAUCCAGAUAGCCAGACACCUCAAGAUGCCGGAGAUGGAUGGAGAGAGCAGAAUACUGGCCCAUUGGGCCUGUUACAAGGUCAAGCAGACAGUUCUUGAUAAAGAACACAUUGCGGAGGAGAUUGCUGCCAAAUUGGGGUACGCACCAGGUGUUUCAUACGCUGAAAUUGCGGAAAAAGCUGCUGAUUGUGGGAGAAAACAAUUGGCGAUUAAGCUGAUUGAUUAUGAACCUCGAGCUCAGCUCCAGGUGCCUCUUCUCUUGAAGCUGGGGAUCGAACAGGCUGCGCUGAAUAAGGCAGUGGAGAGUGGUAAUACAGACCUGGUGUACACUGUCAUUCUGUACUUUCAGGGUAACAUGCCACUCGCUAAUUUUGAGAUGUCUAUCAAGCAUUGUCCGUUGGCGAUGAGUCUGUAUGUGAAGUACUGUCAGAAUCAUAAUCGUGAGGCCCUGCUGAACAUCUACGUGAUGCAUGAUGAUUUUUACGAGCAGGCGUUGUGGUACGUCAAGGAGAGUUACAAUCCAAAGAAUAUUCAGACACGUGAAGCACUUCUGAAGAACGCCCAGGAGAAGUUCAAAACAGGAAGAUUUGACAUGAAUGCAGCACUCACCGAGGAACAAGUGAAAUUACUGAAGCAUCAGAGAUCUCUGCAGGACACACUGAAGGAGCAGAUCGUUGGGAAACCGCUGCAUGACACCGUCAAGUUGCUUCUGCUCCAGAAUGAAAUAAAAUUGGCUGAGAAUUUACGGUCCGAGUACAAAAUACCAGACAGGAGGUACUGGUGGCUGAGGAUCCAGUGUCUUGCUGAGAAAGGGAUGUGGAGUGACCUGGAGAAGCUGUCGAAGGGGAAGAAAUCACCGUUUGGGUAUGAGCCCUUCAUUGACGAAUGCCUGAAAUACGGAAAUCGGUUGGAAGCAAAGAAAUAUCUCCCACGAGUCAGAGAAGAAUUGAAGAUAAAAUACUUCACGAAAAUGGGAAUGUUGACAGAGGCAGCUCAGACAGCUUACGAACAGAAAGACUCAUCCGCCCUGACAUUUGUACUGGCCCAAUGUGGCCCUUCGGACCGAUCCUUAGCCGAGAAAAUCAACGGAAUGAUCGUCAGUCUGAAAAAUGGAAAGUGAUGAAAGGAAUAAUUUCUCCUCUGGAGAAGUAUUUCGCAUAAAAUCUAUAUAAAUUAAUUAUGUAAAUGUACAAAUUAAUUAGAUGUAAUUAAUUAUGAGUAUAAAACUAUAUAAAUUGUGUAUAUAAUUAUUUAUAAAGGAAUUGUAGCUGGAAUAUUAAAAAUUUUGAUGAGCUAGA